GAAGAAGACCACCCACUCGUCUCCUGCACAUUCUGCGGCUUUUUCGGUUCAGUCCCUCGGUCGGGGGGGAAAGACCGAGAGACCUCUCGAAGGGGGACAGCGUCCUGGCUUGUGCUCCUACUCCUAUGUCCACGGCGGUGAUAAUGCGCGACUAAAAGAAGCACUUAUCCGAUGGCUCUUAUUCAUCAAACCUGUAAAGCAGUCACAGCAUUCAACAAAAUGAUGACUUUGUGGAUAUUUUGCUUCUGCCUCAUCGGAGUAAGUUGGACCAAUAAGCUGAGUUCGGCCACAGCCGACGGCCAGAUCGCAGAGAAUGGAGUAUCAGAUUUCUGUCGCAUUGACGAGCCUCUGUGCCGGGACGAGAACGCCAUUCUCAGCUACGAGGCCAUUCGCAGCAUCCACAAGCAGAUGGACGACGACAAAAACGGCAACGUGGACGUGGUGGAGACAGAUGGGUUCUUGAGGGAGGAUCUUAACUACCAUGACCCCAAGGCCAAACACAACAGCUUCCACGGGGAUGACCAGUUCAUCAGCGUGGAGGACCUUUGGAAAACAUGGAAGAGCUCUGAAGUGUACAACUGGACGGUGGAUGAGGUGGUCGAAUGGCUCAUCACCUACGUGGAACUGCCUCAGUAUGUGGAGGCCUUUCGUAAGAUGAGCUUUAACGGGAGCACAAUGCCGAGGCUGGCUGUGAAGAACAACACUCUGACACACACCAUUCUCAAGAUUCUGGAUCGCAGCCACGUUCAGAAGUUGCAGCUCAAAUCUUUGGACACAGUGUUGUUCGGAGCACCUCUCAUGAACAGACACAACCACUUGAAGGACCUCAUGCUGGUGGUGUCAAUUGUGAUCGGGAUGGGGGGCUGCUGGUUUGCCUACAUCCAGAACCGCUCCUCCAAGGACCACAUGAAGAAGAUGAUGAAGGACCUGGAGGGCCUGCAGAGAGCUGAGCAGAGCCUGCAUGACCUACAAAAAAAGCUGCAGAUCGCCCAGGACCACCACCGCACGGUGGAGGUUGAGAAGGUCAACCUGGAGCAGAAGCUGCGGGAUGAGAUCAGCACAGCCAAGCAGGAAGCCCAACGACUGAGUGAUCUGCGAGAGGGCACAGAGAACGAACUCAGUCGGCAAAAGUAUGCCGAAGAGGAGCUUGACCAGGUGCGCAUGGCUCUGAAGAAAGCCGAAAAGGAGCUGGAGUCGCGGAGUAGCUGGUCGCCUCCAGAGUUUCUCCAGAAGUGGCUGCAGCUCACUCACGAAGUCGAGGUUCAGUACUACAACAUCAAGAAGCAAAACGCAGAACGGCAGCUCCUGGUGGCCAAAGAAGGGGCUGAGAAGAUCAAGAAAAAGAGGAACACCCUGUUUGGGACGUUCCAUGUGGCGCACAGCUCCUCCCUGGAUGAUGUGGACCACAAAAUUUUGGCAGCCAAACAAGCGCUCGGCGAGGUGACAGCCGCCCUGCGCGAGAGGCUCCACCGCUGGCAGCAGAUCGAGAUCCUCACGGGUUUCACCAUCGUCAACAACCCGGGCUUGCCGUCUCUGGCGUCGGCCCUGUGGUACACUACGGUGAAUGGGACUAUAUGA